AUGGUAGACCGGGGUUCAAUUCCCCGUCGCGGAGUAAUUUUUUUACAUCAUGACAUACAUGCUUUAUUACUCAGGUAUCACCAUCAGUAA